UGUUUUGCUAGCAUUUUUGUUCCCAUAAUCAUCCUCCAUUUCACUGAUCUGCCUCUUGAUUAAGUCUUAACCUCAGUUAAACCAAACUGAAGAACAGAGUGAGUAUUCUGGUAUAGAACCUCAAUCUCAACAAGCUCUCACUCUUUUUUCAUCUUCUCUCACUUGACAGUUCCGAGUUCAGACAAAAAACCCCCCCAAUCUUCAGUGGUGACAUCCUCCGUAGAUCCACAACCCUCUUUCUCUCUCUCUAAAAUGUGUGGGAUGUGGAUUCUCGCGUUUCUGUUGCUGUUUUCUCUCUGCACCGAAGCUUCGGUUCACGAUUACAGGGGUGAGAAAUUCUCUGCCAAAGGUAACGCCUUUGUCGUUCAUGGGGGCAGCGAAGGAAUUUACUCUUCUGCCCCUAAUCUCAACGACACUGCUACUGAUGCCGACUCUUACAUACGGUUUGAGAGGGUCACAUUUCGUAGAAACAAGGAAUUUUCUAACUUCAGCUCAUGGCCGAUUCAAGCUGUUGUUUUUGAAGUUGAAGAUAGAGAGACAAUUGGUGGUUCAGCCUAUGGGGGUCAGAGGGCUGUCUGUUGCACUAGUGAUCUAGCAAAACUUGGUGUGUGCAAAGAAGGACAGGUCAUUCACCGCCCUUCUGCAGAGAAUUCGGAUUGGCCUCAAGUUUUUGGUGUCUCUUUUGACAUGGAUGACGAAAUGGCGGUGCUGCCAUUGAAAUCUAUAGAAAUCACAAAAACUGGAAUGUAUAACUUGUAUUUCAUCCAUUGUGAUACGAGACUUAAGGAAUUGGUUGUGGAGGGGAAAACUGUAUGGAAAAAUCCCUCUGGUUAUCUGCCAGGUAGGAUGGCACCUAUGAAAAUCUUCUACCAAUUCAUGUCUUUUGCGUAUGUAUUGCUUGGAAUCUUUUGGUUCUCUCAAUAUGCUAGAUUUUGGAGGGAAGUAUUUCCACUGCAGAACUGCGUUACCCUAGUGAUAACUCUGGGGAUGUUUGAAAUGGCUCUGUGGUACUUUGACUAUGCUGAAUUCAGUGAGAUUGGAAUCAGGCCAACUGGGACCACCAUAUGGGCAGUCACCUUUGGGACUGUUAAGCGGACAGUGGCACGUUUGAUUAUUUUGAUGGUUUCAAUGGGCUAUGGUGUUGUCAGACCUACCCUUGGUGGGCUCACAUCAAAGGUGAUUAUGCUUGGAGGAACCUUCUUUCUUGCAUCUGAAGUUCUUGAAUUGGUAGAAAAUGUUGGUGCAGUAAGUGAUCUUUCUGGAAAGGCAAAAUUGUUUUUGGUUCUUCCAGCUGCAGUAUUGGAUGUGUUCUUCAUUCUUUGGAUUUUCACUUCACUAUCUGCAACUUUAAAUAAGCUUCAGGCCAGAAGGAUGAUGAUAAAAUUGGAUAUUUAUAGGAAAUUCACUAAUGCUUUAGCAGUAGCUGUGAUCGUAUCUGUGGGCUGGAUAUGUUAUGAGCUUUACUUCAAAUCAAAUGAUAUAUAUAAUGAGCAGUGGCAGAAUGCUUGGAUCAUCCCCGCCUUUUGGCAAGUUCUGUCUUACUCUCUCCUUUGUGUUAUCUGUGUUCUUUGGGCUCCAUCUCAAAAUUCAACACGAUAUGCUUACCGUGAUGAUGGGAGCGACGAGUUUGAUAGGGAUGAGACUACUUUAACACUCAUAAAACCAUCACCUAUUUCUUCAAAGGAUGUUCGAAAUAUGGCAGAUGCUAGACCAGUGCAAAGCAGCAACGGAAAUUCAAAUGAUGAUUUAGAAGAAGACAAGAUAGAAUAAGUUAGAAUUUAGCUCUGAUUCUGUACUUCCAUUUUUAUCCUAAAAAUUAGCUCUAUGACACUUCUCCUUUUAUUCUUUUAUUUCCCUCAUUAGUCAUUGUUCUCACUUGAUGCUUUUUCAGCAUGCAGUUCCUUACAAGAUUGGACUACAUGAUAGGGUUCUUUGUGUUCCUGUAAUGCCAAUGCUUAAGAGUAUAAUUCAGUCACUUUUUACUAAUACAAAGGGAAUUUUCUUCCAAUUAUGAGAUGUGCAUAUUUAUCCAUGUGCUUGCAAGCAUACAUGUGGGGACACUUGCGAGAACUUUUUUGUUUUCAAGUUUCCAGCUGUAUAGCAUGUAUUUAUUAUCUUACUAUUCAGUAUUGAUUGAUAUACAUGAUCUUUUGAUCCAUGGAUCUUCUAGUUUUAUUUUUACACUAAAGUUUAAGGGAGAGGACAUUGUUUCAUCG